CUUUUCCUGCCCUGUCGUAUUCCUGUCCCAUCCGAUCUUGUACGCGCUGUGGUAGAUACACACAGCAGGACCCCAUCAUCGCUCCGUCGCUUAUUAGUCGUUCUUGGCCGCCUGGCCGUACCGUCUGCCGCCCCCCCGCGCCCAUUCCUAAACUAUACUUUUGCAUUGCGCACCCCGUCUUGUCGGAUCCUGUCGGCAAAACACUACCCAACCCAACCCAACCCAAUCUCGACACACGCGCGCACACGCACACACUCUUAUUGCCUACUUGCCUACUAUCUACGGAGUGCCUGCCUACCUGACGGGCAGCACCCAGAGCACCUAUCCCGUAGACCCUGUUCAGUCUGUUCAGGACCCGACCUGACCUGGCCUGGCCUGCCAGGACUGCACAUGCCCUUCGAGGGAACCCGCGACACAGUGACUUGACUUGACUUGCCUUCCUUGCCUUGCCUUGCCUUGCCUGCCUCUGCGUGCUGCGCCCCCCCUCGCUCACCACUAAAAUUUCCUCACCUUCUUUUUUCUCGCUUGCCCCCCCCCUCCGCAUACUUUUAAACUCGUCUCCGCCGCCUCGUCACCCGCUCCUUCUCCUCCACCCACCCGCCUACUUACUGCCACGCCCACUUCCAACCGCAGAACCGCCGAUAGCACGGGCCAACGGCGACUCAGUGGGUUCUUCUGACUAACGCGAAGGAGCCGCCGGACAAAGAGGGAGGAUCGCAUGCCACCAUCCUGAAUAAAGAACAAGGCCCCCGACGAACCUGCCCAAGCCUCACCAUAUCCUCAGCACCCGAGGGACUUGAGACGACGUCGCUUCGAUUUUCUCUUCACGCCGUCCUGAGCAUCGCACCCGUGGCGCGAUCUGCGACUAGAACGAACGACUAGAACAGAAGAAACCCACGCAUAGCCAGCCUCUCUUCGAUACCAAUACUGGACUUGGACUGGACCUACCUGCUGGGCACGGGCUUUUUCUCUCCAUGACUCUUGCUCUUCUCUACCUCAAGUGCAAGUGACGACAUCGCUUUCUUUUUUGGGAUCUCUCAAAAGUCCGCCCAAAUUAUCCGAACACCAGUACACAGUAUCCACCGCCCGACCUUGUUCCCCUCAAUCCUGGGGCUGUCCACUGCAGUGUCUUGGAUUGCCACCCGACCCGACCGACUGCUGCAUAAGUCCUCUCCGCCGCCCGAUUGCUGUCGCCAGCCCUCAACUCGUCGGGCCCAACUUACCGUCGCACUGACUCACUGCCUCCCGACGGCAAGAGCGUGUGAGCGGACCUGGCGUAACGUCCACUUUUGCUACCCUCAGUAUUCAUUGGCUCGAGGACCCGUCUUGCCAGUAAAACACAGUCAAGGAGGAGUCAAGGCCAACUGAAGGUGGGACGGUCUUCUGUGACUGCACCCGCUCUGAGAUAUACUCAAUCGAUCCGGUCACGGAAAGAGGGAUAUUACGGCGACACCAUGAAGGCCCUUCGCAGGUCGAUGAAGGGGGAGGAGAAAGUCAAGGCCCAUGUUUCAAUCGGUCCCAAAUCCGCUGUCGCGAUCGUUCCUCCAAAAAAGGUAAUUCGAGCGCUUUACGAUUACGAAGCCCGAUCCAGUCAAGAACUGAGCUUUUCGCGCGGUGACUUUUUCCACGUUAUUGGCCGAGAAAACGACCCCGACUGGUAUGAGGCCUGCAAUCCCGCCUUACCUGACGCCCGUGGUCUUGUUCCAGUGAGCUUCUUCAAGGCUCUCGGCCGCACAGAACGUGAUAGCGCAAGCUCGGACACGAGUAGACCAUCGCCUGGUGCUACCAACAACCCCGACCACGAUUCCGGGUAUGCCGAGACAUCUGCCUCGAGCGUAACACCCACUCAAACGCAAAGCCAGAGAAGCUCCAAGAUGUCUGCUGCAGGGAAGAAUGGGGCCAUGGUGUACGGCAUAGUGAUGUACGACUUCCAGGCCGAACGCGCGGACGAGCUGGAGGCGAAGGCUGGGGAGGCCAUCAUCGUUAUCGCACAAUCAAAUCCCGAGUGGUUCGUGGCGAAGCCAAUAGGGCGACUGGGCGGCCCCGGCCUCAUCCCAGUCUCCUUUAUCGAGAUCCGCGAUAUGGCAACAAAUACGCCAGUUCCAAAUCCGCAAGAUGCAAUUAGGAGAGCAGGAAUACCGAGGGUUGAGGAAUGGAAGAAGAUGGCCGCCGAGUACAAGAACAGCAGCAUCACGUUGGGCAAGUUCGAGGGAGGAGGGCCCCAAGGCCAGCAACAAGCCAUGGAACAAGGCAUGGAGCGCAUGAGCCUUCAGCAGGGUGCUGGUCGAAUGAGCCAGGGCAAUGCACAGCAGCCACAGAGCAACCGCAACACACAGAGCCAACAAGCUCCCAUGGCCCAGCCCCAGGUCGGAAGCCCUGGGUCACAGUUACACGCUCCCAUGUCCGCACGCAUCCCUCGCUACUGCUUUGCCGAAGACAAAUACUGGUUUGUGAUCGAGGCCGCGCUAGAGGAUGGUCGACACUGGGAGCUGUCGCGUUACUACGAAGACUUCUACGACUUUCAAAUUGCACUUCUGACGGAGUUCCCGGCGGAGGCAGGAAACACUGGCACUCAGAAGCGGACACUGCCUUACAUGCCAGGCCCUGUCAACUACGUCACCGACGCUAUUACCGAGGGUAGACUGCACAAUCUGGAUGCCUAUGUGAAGAACCUCCUGAGCCAGCCACCAUACAUCUCGAGGUGCAAUCUGGUCAAACAGUUCUUCGCGCCCAGGGAGGGAGACUACGAGAUUGACCCAACUUCGACGGGCGAGGAAGACUACCGACUAUCAGGAGGCUCCCACCAGUCCUCUCAGGGUGACGGAAUAUCGCAGCAGUCAUCCAAGAACAACCUCAAUGGGAAUGGGUACGGCCCAGCACCGGGCUCAAGAGGACCCAACGGCGUCCCACGACAGUCGUCAUCCCUGUCCCAACCGUCUCAGACGUCACUUUCUCCUGGCCUGAACCAGCAAGCAGCAGCGAUGAAAAUCAAGCUUAGCUUCAACGGAGACCUCAUCGCCAUCCGGGUGCCAACCGAUAUCCAAUUCCGAGACCUUUACGAGAAGAUACGGGACAGGCUCAAGAUCCCGGCAGGAGACCCCAUCGAUAUUGCCUACAAGGAUGAAAGCACACAGGACAAGAUCCCGAUGAUCAGCAACAACGACUUGGACGUUGCAUUGGAGCGCAACGAGAAGCUACUGAUAUAUGUGGAUCAAGUGUGAAGAGCUCUGCAAAAGCUCCCAGAUCCUCGAUAAUCGGACCCAAACUUUGAGGAAGGCUCUGCACCCGGACUCCACGGUCGCUCAGCACCUCGACUUGGCGUUUUUGACAGACACUAUCAUGCAAGCCAAACUAUUCGUUCAUCUUGCGGGUCCGGGAUGCUAUCCGGAAUAAGUGUCCAGGUGGAGGUGCGACAGGUCUUUUGUCAUUUUCUGCUGUACCACAAACAAACUCUGGACGGGUAUACUGCUUAGUAGCUGGGAUCCCAGUGCACCCACGGUCGUUAAACUGUCGGCAAACCUUUUCCCGCACACCCGCGACCAAAUGCUCAAGGGAACCCAGCAUUUGGCCUCUUAUUCACCGUUACAUAAAAUCUGUCACCUUAUGUCGACGAUGCGCAAGCAACUCAUGAUGAUGGAAUAUGUCUAUAUGGGAGCUUUUCCAGUUGGUGGAAGAGCAACGGCGUUCAGGGCUGGCUUGUUUUUGGUCAACCUUCUUUUCUUCGAUUCUAUGAGAUAUCUAGGCCCUCGGUCCUUCAUUUUUUUUGUUGUUGUUUCGUUUGCCCGGUUUUCCUCACACCCAGUCCCUUACUAUUACCCAUUUUGAUUUUUUUUUCCGUUGCUCCAGCGGUGGCCACGUGGGCGAGAUUGGAGGAAACAGGAAGACGAGUGUUAGUCUGGCGAGGACAGCAAAGAUACCAGAUGGGCGGUCUACGAGGCUCACGCUUUACCGUGAACAAAAUUGGAUCGGCGUGAUUGCAGAGGGGGUGAAAUGCUGUUGCGUGGAGACACCGGCAGACGAUUGAGCUCGAGUUGCAAAUAUGCGGAUGACAAGGGGGAGAAGGUCAACUUUGAUUCUGGUUCUGAGGAACCCUGGCCCACCGUAGUAGCCACCCCCACGAGGAAAGCUUUAGUCGUUGAGGAGGAAAUGAACAGAGUGAUGGACAAAGACCACAAAAAUAACGUUUGCUCGUGUCUGAGUAACCACAUAUGUGAGACACCAUGCGUGCUGAUGAGAUCGAGAUUGACAUCGAGAUCGAGGGCCCUUCAAGUGACAUGCCCUCGCAGAUAUGCUUUGGAUUUGUUUACUGCAUUUCUUACAAAGACCGCAUACUAGACGCGCUCUCAUCUCUAUAUACGCUAGUAAGACCAAGCCAAUUAUGUCUGCAGAA